AUGGGUGCCGCGGGCGACAGCCUCACGGAGGAAGCGGGCGCGGCAGACAGGGAUUUGACGGCUUGCUCAGGCUCAUCACGCGAUCCGCAGAGCGGGGAGACGCUGCCAUCGUCGUCCGACGGAGGUGGACUCCAGGCCCUCUCAGAUGACCCAAACCUAAUCAGUGACCUCCUGCGCAAGGCGCAUGGUGACCACACAAAGGUGCAGAAAUGGCUGCAGGAGCUGGGGGUAGACAAAGAGAAUGACAAUAAAGGACUUAAUGGGGCAGACGGCUGCAAGACGAGCGUCGGGGGGGCUGCCGGGGACAGGAACCCUGCUUAUGGAAAGGAAGCAUCCGCUCCGGACAUCGAGGCAGCAGCGACUGAGCUUGGCGCUCCCCAAACCUUCUUCUGCCCAAUAUCAUACCACAUGUUCCGCGACCCCGUCCUGCUCCCCACGGGCCAGACAUACGAGCGGCGACCCAUCGAGAGGUGGCUGGCACAGGGCAGGUCCACGUGCCCGACCACAGGGGUGCUUCUGGAGGAGCCUGUCAAACUCAUCCCAAACGUCACCCUGAGGCGAGCCAUCGAAGAGUGGGCGGAGAAGCAUGCCCCUUGGAUGCUGGGUGCCGGUGGAAAAUUGGUCCCAGUCCCCGAUGAAGAAAGGCUCCCCAUGUGCAAUGGCCAUGAGGAGAUAGAUGGGGACUUCGCCAUCGCUGUGCGACUGCAAGAGCAAGAGCAAAGGAGGGCAGCAAGGAGCCUUGCAGCUAACCAGCGGCUGUCCAAUAAUCUGCAGAGGCAGGCGAGGGAGGAGAGGCUGGCUGCUGUGCACGUCAGCCGCAUUCAACGUUGUAUGAAACUGCUUUGGAUGAUUUCGAUCGCCCACGUGGCAGUGUUUGUGGCCACCUGGCGGCUGAGCAAGUGGCAGUUUGAAAAGCUCGAUGUCAAUCCUCUCAUCGGAUUCAGUGCAAAUGGCCUCUCCAAAGUUGGUGCUACAAAUCAUCCCGCAAUCGUUGACAACCAUGAAUGGUGGCGCAUCCUAGUCUCAGUCUUUGUAAAUGCUGGGUUCAUCCAUCUGGAGGCAACCCUUGCAGCUGUUUGGACAUUUGGUAGAUUUCUAUCUGCAAAGAUGUCCUUCAUAUCCUUAGGUACAUUGUACAUGGUCAGCGGGUUGGCUGGUGUGCUUUUGUCUGCCAACUUUUCAACCACCCUGGUGACAGCGGGUGCAUCAGGAGCAGUUUUUGGAUUGCUCGGGACCGUUCUCUUUGAGAUUAUGUUGCACAAGGAGACGUACGCCAACCGGGGCAUCUCCAGUCUCACCCUGUUGGGCGUGGGUGCCAUGAAUGCUGUCAUUGGGCUGACGCCCCUCGUUGACAACUGGGCUGCAAUCGGGGGCCUGCUCUGUGGCACCCUGUCUGGAGCAGCCAUCAUUUUGGGCCACAGACAUGGCGCAGGCGCGACCAUCGGCGAGGCGUUGAUCCUCGGGCUGCAAAUCCUGUUCAGCGUUUUAGUUAUUGCCAUAUUUGUGGUGGCCACAAUUGGAUUGCUGAUGAAGUACGAGGGCUACACGUCUUGUGACUGGUGCCGUUCCGUCACUUGCUUCAACACGAGGUGGUGGAACUGCGAUGCGGCCGCCAUCCUGCCAGACCACUGCGUAUACAACAUCGGAGGGAACACCACCACCAGGAUCACCUGCCCCUCGGGCGACACAACAAGCGUCGAGAUCUUCCAGCCAACGCAGGAGGCGCUGGAGGCGCAGUGCCAAUCCAUCUGCGCAGUAGCUAGUGGGUCGCCCGCCACUCCACCCGCCGGAACUGGGCCAGACCCACAAGCAAAUGAUGGCUUUGCGCCCGUUGACAACAACUCGUGA